UUGUCCAACCUUCGAGCUCUUUCUAAUCACUAUCUGACCUACAAAUCGAGUACUCUAGAAACGCCUUAUCCUUGUAACCUCAAACGACUUUAACCAGCGCUGAAAAGUAACAUAUAACACGUGACUGAGCAGUCUACGACGUGCUUCAGCAGCAAAAUGGACAAUAACGUGCAAAGAAAUAACUACACAUAGUCGCUUAAUUGAAAAUACAACAUUUAAAAAGGAAAAGUAUUAUUUAUUAUCGUGCUUGAACAAUUAGAAACAGCAUCGAGGUCUCUUUGACGUUUUGUAGUAUUAUUGUUGUACCACUGCCAAAACACUAGGAGGCGCCAAACACAGGCGCUGGUCUCCGAUCAACACCAUCAUAGAGUCAGAAGAAGAUUAUAGGACUAGAUGGGCGACGAAGAAUGAAAUAAACAGCACAAUAAAAAGUAUUCAUCAUAAAAUAAUGCAGCGCUAAUUGGGACAAUUGUCAAAAACUUAAACACUUCCCAUUGUUUCAUCAGGAGAGAAGGACAUGGCGUUUGUCACAGCGAACUGGAACCCUCUGGGCGAUGCUUUUUACAGAAAGAUUGAAUUGUAUGAGAUGGGCUGGAAUCUGAAAGAUGGUCUGAGAGACUGUCUGGUUGCUGCAGCUCCAUAUGGGGGUCCCAUCGCUCUCCUAAAGGCACAUAACCGAUGCUCUCCCAGUGCCAGACCUCAGUUAGAGAUCUUCUCUUCCUCAGGACUGCCUCUGGCCAGCUUUCCAUGGAAGAGUGGAGUGGUGAAGCAACUGGGUUGGACGGUGUCUGAUGACCUACUGUGUGUUCAGGAGGAUGGCACUGUGCUUGUCUACGAUCUCUUGGGUGGCUUCAAGAGACACUUCAGCAUGGGCAAUGAAGUUUCUCAAAGUCAGGUGCUGGAGACCAAGAUAUUCCAUUCGCCGUAUGGGACAGGUGUUGCCAUAUUGACAGGUGCCUUGCGAUUCACUUUGGCCACAAACAUUGAUGACAUAAAAUUGAGGCGGUUACCUGAGGUUCCAGGUCUACAGGGGGCGCCCUCAUGCUGGGCAGUCCUGACUCAGGACAGGCAAAGUAAAGUGCUGGUGGCCAAUGGAUCUCAUCUGUUCGUCUUGGACAAUACAGCUUGCACACCUGUGACUCCCCCAGGCCUCUCUCCACAAGCGUCCAGUAUAGUUCACAUGUGUGUCUCAUUCAGUUAUAAGUAUCUGGCGCUCCUCACUGACUCUGGCCAUGUGUGGAUGGGCACGUCGAACCUAAAGGAGAAACUCAGUGAGGUGGACACCAAAAUCAAAGCUCCCCCGAAACAGAUGGCCUGGUGUCGCAGGCCCAAGAGUCAGCAGCCAUCGGCUGUGGUAAUGUGGGAUGGGCUCCUCCUAGUGGUGGGAGAGUGUAAAGAAACAAUUCAGUACCAUCUGGACGAUGACUCAAUUCUGGUGCCAGAACUGGACGGGGUCCGGAUCAUCAGUGGAACACACCAUGAGCUGCUGCAAGAGGUCCCAGGUGCAUGCGAGGAGAUCUUUAAAAUUGCCUCAAUGGCUCCUGGAGCACUACUGCUAGAGGCACAUAAAGAAUAUGAGAAAGAGAGUCAGAAGGCAGAUGAGUAUCUGAGAGAAAUUAAAGAGCAGAGUCUACUGAGCGAGGCUGUGAGGCAGUGUGUGGAGGCCGCCGGACAUGAACAUGAACCUGAGACACAGAAAACACUCUUGAGGGCGGCCUCAUUUGGGAAGUGCUUUUUGAGUAAUUUUCCUCCAGAGCAGUUUGUCAGCAUGUGUAGAGACCUGCGGGUGUUGAAUGCAGUCCGAGACUAUACCGUCGGCAUUCCACUUUCCCACACUCAGUUCAAACAGAUGACCAUACAAGUGCUCAUCGACAGACUGGUGUAUCGUAAACUCUAUCCACUGGCUAUUGAGGUUUGCCGCUAUUUAAAGACUCCAGAAUAUCAGGGAGUGAGCCGAGUACUCAAAUACUGGGCCUGCUACAAGCCCUACUGCAUGCCUUCUUGUAUGCUAGUGUACACGGUGGUCAUGUACCUGAAGAAUGAGCUGAACAGAGGAGACUUCUUCAUGAUGUUGAGGAACCAACCUGUGGCUCUGAGCCUCUACAAACAGUUCUGUAAGCAUCAGGAGCAGGAUACACUAAAAGAUCUUUUCAAUCAAGAUGAUGAUCAUGAAGAACUUGGCAAUUUCUAUGUAAAGGCCAGCUAUAAAGAGCAGAGACUGGAAGCUCGGAUUGCUCAUUUACAAAGUGCUGUGGACGAGUACUACAAAGCCAAGAAUGAAUUUUCUGCCAAGACAACAGAAGAUGAAAUGCGUCUGCUGCGGUUUCAGAGGAAGCUAGAGGAAGAGAAGGGUGAGCAGCUCGUGGGAUUCUCCCUUCAUGACACUAUGACCACGCUGCUGUCUGUGGGACUGCACAAACACGCCGAACAACUUUACAAAGACUUCAGAGUGCCCGACAAGAGGUUCUGGUGGCUGAGGUUGAAGGCUCUGGCUGAGAAGGAGGAUUGGGAAGAGCUGGAGAAAUUUUCCAAAAGCAAAAAGUCCCCUAUUGGAUAUCUGCCGUUUGUUGAGGUGUGCAUUAAACACCAUAACAAAUAUGAAGCCAGGAAAUAUGUGUCAAAAGUCACACUGGAGCAGAAGGUGAAAGCUCACCUUGCUGUGGGGGAUGUGGAAGGUGCCGCAGAGGCUGCUAUCGAGAGGCGUAAUGAAUCAGAGAUCGGUACUGUUCUGUCACGCUGUUCAGCCACCACUGAUCAUCUUCUGGUGGAACGCCUCAACCGUGCUAAAGCCACUGUUGCCAAAAAGUGAGCCUGUUCACUUCUGCCCCGCUUAGCUCAACUGCAUUUGCUGCCCAACAAUAUGAAACCUCUGUGUGCCAAUUCUCCUGCACAAAGCAGCUCGCAGCAGAAAUCGUUUUUGGCUGUGUAAGUGUCUCCUGAUGUAAUGGAACAUUUUCAUGAAAAUUCUGCACAGUGAAGGAAAAUUAUUGGGUGGAGAAAAAGGCGGACAGCAAGAAAAAUGGCAUGUCAGCUUUUUGUGUUUUUCCUGUCUCUGUCGGACAGCUAGAAGCGGUUCCCAUCUUGCACUUCACUGUAAACCAUAAAAACCUUUGUACCUAUAGUUGCAUUAUGAACCAUUGUGUGUUUGAUUUAGAAUCAUACUGUCUUUGAUCAUAUGCCUGUUCUGUCAAGAUUAUCUGCCUUUAUGAACAAAACAUUUGUUAUUUUAAUUAAACCAUGAUUG